CGACACAUUGUGGAGAAUGUCCUUCUCGGGCAAGAAAGGGCACAGGGCUCUGAAAGUUGACAUAGAAAAGACAUAUGAUAGAGUCGAAUGCCUGUUUCUACUUGCGAUUUUGGAAAAUUAGGGUUAACUCGACUUGGCGUGGCCGGAUCCAAGAAUGCCUCCGCUCAGCCUCUUUUUCGGUGCUUAUGAAUGGCACACCCUCGGGAUUCUUCGCUCCGUCUCGUGGUCUUUGGCAGGGGGCCCUCUAUCUCCGCUCCUAUUUGUGCUUUGCACGAAGGGCUUUGCGGUGCUCCUCCGACAAGCUAUCGCUGGCGGAAAGUUAGAGGGGGUCAAGGUUGCAUUGGACCUAGGGCGCCUCGGAUUUCACAUAUGUUUUUUGCAGAUGAUUCCUAUUUGUUCCUCAUAGGUUCUUUACAAGAGUGUAAGAACUUGAUAGAGGUUCAAAAUGAGUACGAGGAGCUCAGUGGUCAAAAGGUGAACCUCACAAAAUCGGCAGUCUGCUUUAGUAAAAAUGUUUCCCUGCCUAAUCAGGAUUUUCUUGCCGAAAUUUUAGGGCUUAGGGCGGUGGGUGUCCAGGACAAGUAUCUGGGGUUACCCAUGCUGAUUGUGCAAUCAAAAAUGGCUACGUUCCGUUUCUUGGAGGAGAAAUUGUUGAGUCGGCUUCAAGGUUGGAAGCAGGGAAUUCUCUCGUGGGCAGCAAAAGAGACCUUGAUCAAAUCAGUCGCUUUAGCUCUCCCAUUGCAUAUCAUGUCCUGAUUUAAGCUUCCCCUCUCCCUGUAUCGUGUCUUGGAUAGUCACGUAGCCAUAUUCUGCUGGGGUGUGGAAGGGGGCUGCUCCCAGAUAAGGUGGAUGUCCAAGUGUAACAUGUGUACCAGUAAGCACAACGGUGGUAUGGGUUUUCGUCGGUUUGAGCAUUUUAAUAAGGCUCUAUUAGCUAAGAUUGAGUGACAAUCAUGUCGGAGCCUGAGACGCUACUGGCGAAGGUCUAUAAAGGAAAGUAUCUCCCUUCAGAGACUUUCCUCACAACUACCGCCAAGUCAAGGCCAUCUUGGGGGUGGUAGAGUAUUCUCUAUGACCGCCAGCUGCUAGUCCAAGGCCUCCGAUGGCAAAUUGGUAAUGGCCGGUCUGCAUCCCUUCUAUCCUCGAGUUGGGUUCCGCUUCUCCACCCGGUUGGUCCUGUUUAUAAUCCCCAGGUCCUCCCAGAGGGGGCCGAUCCUAAGGUCGUCAUUGUAAUUUGUCAAGGGGAAGGUAAGUGGUGUGAUCGGAGUCUUAGCCAAUGGUUUCCCCUAGACGUCUGUCAGGCCAUGAAAGAUAUUCCUCUCCCUCGUCAUGAGGUGGUGGAUAAACUAAUUUGGCACGAUACAAGCGAUUGGAUUUUCACGGUUAAGUCGACAUAUCACCUUGCAGUCUUGUUAGAUAAGCAGGGUGGCCGGUGGAGGUCUGUGGCUUGUUGGAUGGAUAGACCGAGCUAGAUCCGCUUGUGUAAUGUCAAUCUACUACCAAAACUUAAAGUAUUUUUUUGGCAAAUCUUCCACCGCCUCCUCCCAACAACAGAAGCUCUGAUUGUAAAGAAAAUUCAGGUGCUUUCGAGAUGUCCGCUGUGUUGGCUGAGCUGGAAACAAUGGGGCAUUUGUUUUUUGAUUGCCCAGUCGCUAGGGCUCUUUGGGAGCAUGCUGGCCUUGAAGAUCUUGGCCAAGGGUUGCCACGUCACACCUUUCCGCUUUUCCUUAAAAUGUUGAUGUAUUUAUUACUUCAACCUCAAGUGGUUAUGACAGUGGUGGCAAUCCUGUGGCGUAUAUGGCGAGCUCGUAAUUGGUUUGUCUUUGAGGGUAAACGAUAUGGGAUACAAGCCUUAAUAAGAGAGUUUAAUCAGCAAUAGCAAGAGUGGACCAGUUUGUCGAUUGUCCGGAGCCCGCACUUACUUAUCCCUCAGUCCGGGGCAAGGGACGCCAAUAACCAGUGCUCCAUCCCCUUGUAUGUAGGAUGGGACUACUAAAAAUGGGUCUCACUCGGCCGGUGGAAUAAUUAUCUUUGGCCCAGCGGGAAGGAUCCUUCUAGCUCGAAGGGUGCAGUUUUCCAGAUAAUGAUGAUCUGAUGGCGGCAGAGUUGCUUACUCUUUAGGAGGGUGUGCGUUGGUGUCUGGAGUUGGGGUUUAUAGAGACAAGCUUCCAAGGUGACGUUAAUGUGAUCAUUGAUGAAAUCAACCGGCGGGACUCUAGGGACAAUCGGUUAGGGGUCAUCCUUGAGGAAGUCAUCCGAAUAGUUUCGAAUCAUUCAGCUCUUAAUGUUUGUUUUGUAGGUUAGAGUAGCAAUAAGGUAGCCCAUUUGGUGGCUAGAAAUGCCCUCUCUUUGUACCCGACUACAUGUCGAUCCUUUGAUUUUCUGGCAUGGCUGAAUUCCAGAAUGUAAUGAUCUUUUAAUCUAAUCAAUAUAUAUGAUUAUCUUUUGUUAAGAAAUAGGAUGAACGACU